AUGGCGCACUUCAUUCCUUGUAGGAAGACUUCUGAUGCGGCAGAGUUUGCUUAUAAUAAUGCAGUCCAUAGAUCUAUCGGCGGGUCGGCUUUUUCUAUUGUUUAUACAAAGGCGCCUCAGCAUACUCUGGAUUUGAUACAAUUACCCAAGCAAGCGGAUAAGAGUGUAGCAGCAGAUCAUAUGGCUAAGCAAAUUGUUGAGGUGCAUCAAGAAGUUAAACAGAGGUUGGAAGAGGCUAAUAAAAAGUACAAAGCUGCAGCAGAAAAACACAGGCGAAAGCAUGUAUUCGUAGUUGGUGAUCAAGUUAUGGUAUUUCUUCGUAAAGAGCGGUUACCAGCCGGCUCUUACAACAAAUUGCAGCAAAAGAAGUACGAACCUUAUACUAUCGGUAGAAAGAUCAACAAUAAUGCUCAUAUUAUAGACCUUUCAUGUAGCAUGGGCAUAUCCAACACUUUCAAUGUUGCUAACUUGUCGCCGUUUCAUGAGUCCAUUGACCCGUUGUAUCCAGAUCCUAUUUCUAACUCAAGGACGAGUUUUUCUCAAGUGGGGGAGAAUGAUGCAGAAUGUAUUAGUAGUGCGUGA